UAUCGCUUUGGCAUGUGAUUAUUCCAAACGGAUUGCCGUCUGUAGAAUCUGGAAUCGCUUCUUGUCUUUUGUCUCCCAUUUGAGACAUGUUCGUCAGGUAACAUCAGACGUCUCUUGCAGCUGCAAGGAACGCAUGGAUUCUUUGCUGCUCACUGCCUGCUUCGUCCCUACGCUUUCGGCUACUUUGUUGCUCCUUAUCUGAACUCAUCCAUGUCGAGGCAUCUAUAAAGUGUACGUCGUCCAUCUUGGCAUCAAGAAUCAUCAGGUAGUACACAAGCAGCAGAAAUGGAGAAAGGAGGCGGCGGCGGCGGCGGCGACCGGGCGACGAGCGCGGCCGGUGGCAUGUGCGACCGGUUCCUGACGUUCCUGGCCAAGAACCUGACGAUGAGCAGGGUGAAGAGCAUCGCCGACGGCCCGAAGGACGGCGCCGGCGGCGGCCACCAGCCGACGGAGGGGGGAAAGGAGGCCGGGGAGGAAGACGAGUUCGCCAUCCCGAUCGAGAGGGCCGAGUUCGACUACGAGUUCGGCGGCCAUGGCGACGGCAGCGCCGCGACCAUCCUGGAAGAGAGCGCCGUGGCAACGACGACGGCAAGGGACGUUCCUGCAGAGCAGAAGACGGGAGCCGCGGCCGACGACGGUCCGGUGGCGGUGGAGGAGACGACGAAGGUGAGGAAGACGGUGAGGAUCAAGGAGGACCGGCCCGAGCAGGAGGGCGCCGGCGCCCCGGCGGCGACGCUGGAGCGGAAGAUCUCGUCGCUGUUCAAGAAGCGGCAGGCGUCGGCCUCGGGAGGAGGCGGGGACGAGCAGCGGGUGCCGAGGCGGAGCCGGAUGCCGCCCGUGCUGCGGGUGCCGUCCAACAUCAACGAGCGCUCCUCCACCUUCAUCGAGGAGCGCAGGAGGGGCUUCGGCGGCCGCGGCGGCAAGGCGGCGCCGGACAAGUGAACGAUGAGCCGGCCGGAGCACCGCUCGCCGCUGCAAUGCGCUUAAUGCUCUCUCAUCGAGUGUGUGCGUGUCGACGAUCCGCGUGUUUGUGUGUGUUUGGACGAUGUCUACAAUGGACGGGCUUCGAUCGCCAAUCAAAACUGUGAAUAGAUGUAACGACAUCGUCAGAUUUGGAUGGAUCAACAAAUGCUCUAGGCGAUCACAACCUGCGAAUGGACUUCAUGGCCCGUCAACCAUGAGGUCAUGGGUUUCGCAUAUAUGUGAGUUGUAAAAAAAUUGUGGCCGUUGGAUGUUGA